AUGCACCCAGCGAUGAUACCAUCUACGGCGGAGAACCCAUUUUGGUUGAGUUCACGACUACGGGAGAGACUGUGGUUGGCCCGUACGACAUCGACCUCUUCAAAGGAGCCAAUCAGGUGGCUGCUUGGUGCAGCGAGUCGGCAGGUUGCAACGUCGCCGAUGGCUCGGUGUUGCGAAGAACCUGGACUUGGCUAUUUCGUCGAAGUCACGGACCGAAAUUCAUCCGUUUCGGGACGGAGCUCGUUCUUCGAACUCCUGGAGGCACAAAGCACCCCUUCCUCCGUCGAGGUACCAGAGUACCAAGAUGAGGCCGGAGGAACGGGGGUCGGGGACAUGAGCUUGGCUUUGCUCAUCGUGGCCGGAGUCUGCGGCGUCGCCAUUAUUGCCGCUCUAUUAGCGGUUUGCUUCAUCAUGUGCCGUCGCCGCAGCGCCGAGAAAAUGAAGACCGCGGAUGAAGCCCACGACCUCGAGCUAGGUGGCGUGCUCGGCCGCACGACCCCCGGCAGAUCGAACGACUUCAACACUUCAGAGGGACGCGGCUUCAGCAUGGGCAACCCUCUCAAGGGGCGCUCGGCGUCGCGAUCGACCGACGGCGGUAUAACGUCGUACGGCGCCAGCCCCGCUGGAACGGAUGGGCCGUCGAGUCAAACCCACCCCAGCCCCGGGAGAUGCAUAGCCAUGGGCGAGAACCAGCGCGGCCGCUCGCUGUCACGGGGCCGCUCCGAGGGGCCCCGCAUGUACAGGUCUAGCCCAGGCCAGGUCUCCGCCACCUCACGUUCGCCCGCGGCAGAGGGCGCGUACACCCCAGGAAGGUCUGGAAGUUUCAGGACCCCCCGCCAGACCACGUCUAACGGUAGAGACGACCUCCGUGGGCGCCACAUGUACGAGCACUCGGUUGAUGAGGGCUACGACGGUGGAAGAUCCCCCAGAGCUUUUGUUUCCAGGUCCAGGAGCGUCGGACGCUCGCGAGGACCCCCCAGGGGCGACGGGUUUGACCGCGGCGAACGCCAGUUGUCAGUGACGCCAGGCCGCAGGCGUUCCAGCGGCAUCAGCCCAGAUGGAAGGCUUUCUCGUUCUCCUUUCGUCCUCGGUAUGCGCCGCAGCAAGUCCGAGGGCCGCGCGGAUGAUCAUUCGCAGGAUUCGGCACGCCACGAGACGGUGGAAGAGGAUGUCGAUGCCUCACGUUGGGAGCAUGACGGCAUGAUGCCCGCGGUGGGCACGAUUGAACGGGGUCGAAGGAGUCAGCGCCUGUCGAUGGCCAACUCACGGAGGUCGAAGUCGAUGCACGACACAUCGAAGUCGGGCAGGCUGGACAGCAAGGGUCAGUACGACUUGGAAGACAACGCGAGGAGCAAAUCUGCCACACCUUCCCGUCAGACCUACAGGAAUGGAAUGGUGCGUUUCGGAUUUCGAAUUGUUGGUAGGCGCAAAUUUUGGCAGGUUGGCUCAGUGCAAUAUCUUGGUUGAGGUACCUUCAGCGUUUCCCAUAGCCAAAGCCCGUUUUGUUUCUGGGCUCUAUGAACGUCCCCACGUUGGGUUUACGGACGCUAU